AUGGAGGCUGAUGAGGACGAUCCUCCACGGAGAUAUUUUGAAAGAUCGAUUCGUGAUGAAAAAACAGAGUCGGAACCACCCACAGUCGAUUCAGACCCUCCGUUGGCCUAUCCAGCUCAUUCAGAAACGAGUGCUCCCUCGAUAAGGGCUGUUCAGGAUGGCGAUCCGGGUCUCUUCAAACAAGAAGAACCUAAUCACAUCAAAGAAGAGCAAUUGAUCAACGAAGUUCGAGGAAUCUAUACCGGGCUGGUGAUGGUGGAGAAGAAGUGCAUCGAGAUCGACAAGCAACAGACGGAAUCAAAAGCUGAACUAUCAGAGUCACAAUGGCAAGCACUGAUUUCCUUACAUCGCGCACUCUUAUACGAGCAUCAUGAUUUCUUCUUGGCUUCGCAAUGUCCAUCAGCAACCCAAGUGCUAAAACGCCUUGCGAGGAAAUACGCGCUGCCUGCACGGAUGUGGCGAUAUGGGAUUCAUUCAUUCCUUGAGCUAUUACGACGAAAGCUCCCAGAACCUUUGGAUCAUAUGCUUAACUUUAUCUACCUCGCCUAUUCGAUGAUGACAUCACUGUUUGAAAGUGUCUCGGAAUUCCGGGAAACUUGGAUCGAGUGUCUGGGAGAUUUAGGACGAUAUCGCAUGGCCGUGGAAGAGACUGAUAUGAAAGACCGCGAAGUCUGGGCUAGAGUCUCGCGUUAUUGGUACAAUCAAGAUGCAGAUCGCAGUCCCAAGGUUGGGAGGAUGCAACAUCAUCUUGCAGUGUUAGCUCGCCCAGACGUUCUCCAACAGCUCUUCUACUACACCAAGGCCCUGGUUUGUAGGCAAAAUAUGCGACAAGAAACCCACAUUUUGCCAGAAGAGCAAAUUAUGAGGGGCCUUGAAUUCUUGGAUUCGUCAAGCUCGUCGAAAAACCUGAGAUUGACAUAUCAGAAGAGGGGAACGGACGGCAAGCAAGAAUUGGAAUUGGAAAGUGCAUUUUCCAAUGAUCGCAUCUUCGAAAUACCGUGUCAACUCGCAGAGCAUUCCACCAACGCGCUUGGGGAUUAUGGGGCAAAGAAAAACUUCAUGAAAGAAGAAUAUGCUCUUCGCUUGGGGUUGCCGAUAAGCCGGAAUACCUCCUGCAAAGUCACCAUCGGUAGUGGGAAGCAAGUGACGACUGUGGGAACUGUAACUGUACCAUUCAUGUUCAGCGGCGAAAAUGAGGUGCAUAACCUUGAAUUCCAGCUUCUCCCAAACUGCAUCCACAAUGUGAUCAUUGGGAAGCCAUUUCUGAAACUCACAAAGACGUUCUCAAACGUCGCCAACUUCUGUCAUCGUGUGAAAGAAAGAGUUGCCAAAGGUAUCUCGCAGUUCCAUCUCUUAUACCUUGGGGCAUCUACUCCAAUGUUCGAGGGGUCCAUCAAUGGUCGGGUGCAGACUGCUCUGGCUGAUUCCGGCUCAAAGGUAUUACUCAUGGAUGAGGCUUAUGCACGAAGUAUUGGGGUGCACAUUCAAACUGGACAUGAGCAUCAAACGAGGCUGAAAUUUGCCGAUAAUUCGGCCACGGACACGGUCGGUAUAGCCUAUAAUGUCAAAUGGCGCUUUGGCCGCGAUGGUGAAUUUAGCUCACCUUACCCUCUUAACUUUCAUAUUCUGAAGGACGCCCCCGCGAAUGUCGUCUUGAGCGACACUUUCCUCUUUGACACCAAAGCUUUCUCACAAUAUCAUCAGUACUUAACAGAUAAUGAUGACGACCGCGAAGAUGAAGACAUGCUGACUUAUUUUUUUGCGAUUGAUGUUGAUAAGAGAAAGAAGCAAACGCAAAUGAAUGCAACCUCCUUCUCUCUUGCUGAUUUACGGUAUCUGGAACUUGUUCGCCGCGGUGAAGAGGCAGACCGUAUCUCUACACUUCCAGGAGCCAAGGGGACCGCUGCGCGAAACAUCGAGGACGAGCGAUGCGCCGAAUGGGACCGGGCAUUCACGGCCGUACAGACAAAAAGUCAGCCGCAGAGCCUACAAUUGCCUUCUGCAGCCGCUGUUUCGCAAGCUGAAUUGGACCUAAAGAAGGCUGACGGAGAGGCUCGGCGUGAUGUCCGCAUUGUCCGUCCUGUGUGGAAUGCUUUCUCGCAUGGACCAUGUAAUCAGGAAUACUCAAGCUUGGAGAUAUGA